AUGAGUCUUACGGAAGCUGAAGCGAAAACACGGCGAACGAGCAUAAAGGGCUCGGUCACGCGGCUCAAAACAUUUCUAGAGUCCGCACAAGCGUUGCGUGCAACGAAAUUUGAGUUAAUUGAGCGCAAGAAAAAACUAGCGGAGUUAUUCGAACAAUACGACGAAGUGCAAUCGCGACUCGAAUGUUUAGCGUUAGACAAGGACACGACUGUGACUGCAGCAUAUGUAGAAGAUCGUGCGCGGUUUGAAGAAGCGUAUUUUCAACUCAUGUCUUUACAUGAUCAGCGCAUUAAUGUAAUUGAACGAUCUCAGGUAGAAUCACAACCGAGCACUAGUGUGUCUAAUCAAGUAGUUACGUCUCAACAUAAUUCAGACUCAAAUAUUCGAUUGCCGAAAAUACAGUUGCCUACUUUUUCUGGUUCGUAUGAAGAGUGGUACACCUUUCAUGAUUCAUUUGAUAAACUCAUUCACGCUAAUGAAAAAUUGUCGUCUAUUCAAAAAUUCCAUUAUUUGCGCUCGUCAUUAAAAGACAAGGCGGCGGAAGUUAUUAAAUCUUUCGAUAUCACAACAGAUAAUUAUGCCGAAGCAUGGCAAUUGUUAAGCGAACGUUUCGAUAACAAGAGGCGUAUAGUACAAACACAUAUUAAGGCGAUAUUUGAGAUUGCUCCAAUUCAUAAAGAAAAUUGCACAGCAUUGCGUGGUUUACUCGACAAUGUGCUUAAACAUUUCAGGGCUCUUAAGGCAUUACAGAGACCAGUUGACACAUGGGAUGAUGUGAUGGUUCAUCUGGUGUUGACUAAGCUUGAUUCCACUACGAUCAAAGAAUGGGAAACGAGUCGUACAGACACGACAAUACCAACAUUCAAGGAGCUUACAGAUUUUUUGGCAAAAAGAUGUCAAGCCUUGGAAACGAUAUCAAACAAAUCAACAGGACGUGUGAACUCUGAUGUAACGAACAAUUCACAGAAGGCCAAAUAUCCUACUGCGCACGUAGUUACAAAUAAUCAAUCUUGUAUACAUUGUAAGGGUAAGCACUUAAUUUUUCAAUGUGAAUCAUUCCGUAAUCUUCCUGUCGAAAGGCGUUUUGAAGUCGCUAAGAAUGCACAUUUAUGUAUCAAUUGUUUAAAGGCGGGAUCACAUCAGGCUAAAAAUUGUACAGCUAGUUCUUGUCGUAAAUGUGGAAAGACACACAACACAUUAUUACAUUUUGAAGCAAAAAAUGAGAUAGCAAAAAAAGAUCAGCAACAGACAGCUUCACUGUCUAAGGCAAAUGAGUCUUCAUCUGACUCGCCAUCGCCGGUAGUAACUCAAUGCACUCAGAUGAGUAAUGCUUGUAAUGUUUUGCUUGCCACCGCUAUAGUCAGUGUGUACGAUUCCAGAGGACAAACCCAUGGUUGUAAAGUUCUAUUAGAUAGUGGUUCGCAGUUGAAUUUCAUUACAGAAAAUUUUGCAAAUAAAUUACAACUUAAUGUACGAGAUUUUCACAUUUCAAUGUCUGGUGCAGCAGAAGGACAAUUCGAAUCAAAAAGAAUAGUCAAUGUCACUUUUCGAUCUCGAGUUAAUGCAUAUACUAAAACUAUUGAAUGCAUAAUUCUUCAUAGUAUUAUACAAAGAAUUCCUCAAGAAUUUCAUCCGAUGUCAGAUUAUAACAUCCCGUCAAAUUUAGCACUAGCAGAUCCUAACUUUAACAUUCCAAGUGAUAUUGAUAUGCUCAUCGGAGCUCCAUUAUUUUGGCCACUUUUAUGUGUCGGUCAGAUUAAAUCGUGCAAGGCUCAUCCUACGUUGCAGAAAACAAAGCUUGGGUGGGUGGUCGGAGGUCCAUCGUUCGAUUGCUCGAAUAUAGCGACACCAGUCUGUCACGUUACUGCGGUCGACAAACUAAAUGACUCCAUUUCGAAAUUCUGGGAGGUUGAGCAUGAUAUUUCUUCUGCUAAUACAGCACCUCGUACUCUCAAUGAACAACUAUGUGAAACGCACUUUCAACAGAAUGUUAGGCGUAACAAAGAAGGUCGGUUUAUAGUUAAAUUACCUGUGAACGAAGAGAAAAUUCAGCAAUUGGGCGACUCGAUGGAGAUCGCAAGGCGUCGCUUUCUUAACUUGGAAAGGCGUCUAACAACUCAACCCGCAGUCUAUUUACAGUACAAAAAUUUUAUGCGAGAAUAUAUUAACUUAAAUCACAUGCGUGAAAUCAAGGAUCUUACGAACGACAAACUCUCGUAUUAUUUACCGCAUCAUACGGUUAUUAAAGAAAGUAGCACUACGACUAAGUUAAGAGUAGUGUUCGAUGCGUCGUGCCGGACCACGUCGGGAUUAUCAUUGAAUGACACACUGUUAGCCGGACCGACAGUUCAAGACGAUUUGUUUUCGAUCCUCACGCGUUUUCGUAUUCCUCAAUAUGCAAUGACUGCUGAUGUUUGUAAAAUGUACAGGCAGGUUCUUAUCGAUGAAUCCCAGACAUACUUUCAACGUAUCUUCUGGCGUGAAUCUCCACAAGAUGAUUUGAAGGGUUUUGAACUCCUUACACUUACAUACGGAACAGUUCCGGCGUCGUUUUUAGCUAUUAGAACUAUUAGAAAACUUGCAGAAGAUGAGGCAGAAUCAUUUCCCAUUGGAUCAAAGGUCACCUUACGUGAUUUUUAUGUAGAUGAUUUAUUGACAGGAGCGUCUACAUUAAAGCAGGCAUUAAAGAUCAAGGAGCAAGCCACAGAACUACUUAAACGAGGUGGAUUUGAAUUAACGAAGUGGUCAUCAAAUCAUGUAUCUUUGCGAGAUAGCAAGGUGCCUUGUAGCAAGGAAUUUAGUUUAGCUGUUGAUCAUAGCAAUGAGACUAGAGCUCUCGGUGUAAGUUGGAAUUGCGAAUCUGACAUAUUCAAAUUCACAAGCAUAGGACAUCAUCAACCGUUGGAAAAGCCUACCAAGCGUAGCAUUUUAUCCAGAAUAGCUUUGAUAUUUGACCCCUUGGGGUUGUUGGGUCCAUCCGUUAUAAUUGCCAAGCUUUUGAUGCAAGAGUUAUGGCGUUCUAAACUAGAUUGGGAUGAGUCUAUAUCUAAUGAAUCGCAUACACUUUGGAGGGAAUACGAAGGCAAGUUGCAAAUACUUAGGAAUAUCGGAAUACCAUGCAUGGUCGUGUGUAAUGAAAUGCAAAAUGUAGAAAUUCACGGAUUUUCGGACGCGAGUCAACAAGCUUAUGGGGCAUGUCUGUAUGUUAAAUCUAUUUCUCGUAAUGGUCAGGUUGAAGUUCGCCUAUUAUGUUCCAAAUCCAGAGUGGCUCCCCUUAAGGCUUUAUCCAUACCACGUCUCGAGCUCUGUGGAGCAUUGUUGUUAGCUCAACUUACACUAAAGGUAAGGAGUUGUUUACCAGUACUGAUAAGGUCUAUGUAUUUUUGGACUGAUUCUCGUAUUGUAUUGUGUUGGUUACGAUCAUGUAGUCGUAAAUGGACACCAUUUGUAGCUAAUCGUAUAGCGGAAAUACAGCGUCUCACUGACAUUAGCGAUUGGAGGCAUGUGCCUAGUCUUGAAAACUCUGCUGAUCCACUUUCUCGAGGCGUUAUGCCUGACUUAUUAGGAGACCUAGAUAUAUGGUGGUUCGGACCAUCAUGGUUGAAAUUAAAUGAAAACGAAUGGCCUUCUGAGAAUUUUCACACAUCAGACAUAGAACUACCCGAAGGAAGGGUUGCAGCAUUAGUCAGCGGUAUAGAAGCUAAACCACAAUAUGACAUUUUUAAUCGUUUUUCCAAGUUUUCACGUCUUAUACGCGUCGUUGCCUUUUGUCAUAGAUUCACAAAAAAUUGCAAAAUAAAAGGAAUAAAAAUGUUACACGUGAAUAAUAAAGAUUCAGUUAAGGUUCAACCUUUAACGAUUGAAGAGUUGGAACAAUCUCGAAUAGCGUUGGUAAGGUUAGUGCAGCACGAUGCCUUCAAGGCGGAAAUGCAUUCAAUUAAGGUUAAUAGAUGUUUAAACAAAAACAGUAAUAUUUUAAGGUUAAAACCUUUUAUAGAUAUGCAUGGUAUUUUAAGAGUCGGUGGUCGAUUGGUCAACGCGGAUAUUUCUUAUCAAUAUAAACAUCCUAUUCUUUUGCCAGGCAAACAUGCCUUUACACAAUUAAUUAUUAAAUACGAGCAUGAGCGUCACUUACACGCGGGAGCGCAAGCUACCUUGUCAGCCAUUCGGCAAAAUUAUUGGCCAACGUCAGCUCGAAGUACGGUGCGAAGCAUGAUAAAAAAAUGUGUUACAUGUGUGCGUAAUGCUCCUACAUUAAGUAACACAUUAAUGGCAGAUUUGCCUGAAACACGGGUAAGAUCGGUAAAAUAUGUUUUUCAAAAAUGUGGCGUUGAUUACGCAGGGCCAUUCCUUUACAAGGAAGGUCAAAGAAAGAACUCUAAAACCGUUAAGUGCUAUAUAGCACUAUUUAUUUGUCUAGCCACUAAGGCUGUUCAUAUUGAGCUAGCGGCAGAUUUGUCCUCAGAAACAUAUUUGAAUGUAUUUAAGCGAUUCAUAAGUCGGAGAGGACGCCCCACCGACAUAUAUUCAGAUAAUGGGUUAAACUUUGUAGGAGCAAAACGUGAGUUAAAUGAAUUGUAUGAAUUAUUUAAAACUGAUAGUCUUAAGCAAAAAAUUGUCGAUUUUAUGGCCCUGGAAAAAAUAAAAUGGCAUUUUAUCCCACCCAGAGCUCCACAUAUGGGUGGCAUUUGGGAGGCGGCUAUUAAGAGUACCAAAUUUCAUUUGAAGCGUAUUAUUGGCGAAGCAUCUUUGAAACAUGAUGAACUGCUCACUUUGUUGACACAGGUAGAAGCUAUAUUGAACUCUAGGCCACUCACCCCUUUAUCCAACGACCCCAGUGAUUUGAAUGCCCUUACUCCGGCACAUUUUUUAAUUGGAUGUCCAAUCACGGCGUAUCCUGAGCCUAGCCUUGAAACGUUGCCCAUCAACAAAUUAUCACGAUGGCAACGUGUUGAAAAAUUAAAACAGCAUUUCUGGCGCCGUUGGGUGAAAGAAUAUCUUCAUACGUGCCAAUCACGUACUAAAUGGAACACAAUUAGCAAACCCAUCAAAAUUGGGCAGAUGAUAUUAUUACAAGAGGACAAUUUACCACCACUAUGUUGGAGUCUGGGUCGGAUAGAGCAGAUUCAUCCAGGUGAUGACGGUGUUGUUCGCGUCGCCACCGUGCGAACUCCUAAGGGAGUGUAUAAGCGCCCAAUCACGCGGCUGUGUGUUUUACCCGUGGAGGAAUAA